UCUUCUUUCCUGUUUUUUGCACAGUUUUGCACAGAUAUGCCGUCAAGCGGAAGUAUUUUCAGCUAUCAGUAAAGACGAAUCGCAAAAUGUUUCUCGUUGUCACUUCCUGGCAGUCUCUUCCUGCUGGCUUUAAAGCGAUCUGUUAAACAUCUGUUCAUUACACUCUCAUAAAUAGUUUAGUUAACGAGACAGAGUGCCUAGCCUUUGGAUUAAUUAACAAUGAGCUGGAGAAAUAUCGAAGUAAUGGUUACAGUCAUUGGUAUGCUUAGCAUGUUGAAAGUAGAACCAAAUGUGUUUCUUCUGCCUCAGAUUUUCCCUAAUUAUACAUCCAAAUUCAAACAGGAAAUAGAAGCCCAAACUUCUGUGAAAAUGAUGGCAUUCCAUGACUCAAGAAAUUAUCAAGAUGCUGUGGUGGUGGCUUCAUCGUUAGUCGAACAAAUCAACAGAGAAGAUGUAAACAAUAUGGUGCAAGUUCAAAGAGACAUGCUUUCCCGAUAUGAGAAGACUAAUGAAAUGUUGAUCAACUUCAAUCUGCUAUCCUCCUCAAGAUAUGAAGUGACAGUUAAAGAAUUUCAGAAUCACACACAGCUAUUAUCUGAUAUGAAACGAGACCUAGACUCUAUCUUUAAACGAAUAAGGGCACUAAAGCAGAGACUGAGCAAAAACUACCCAGAGGCUUUCUCAGCCUGCAGUACCAUUAUGAUGGUAGAAGAUGAAGAAGAGGAAAAGAUUCCAAGUGAGGCUACCUCAUGCACUGCCACAGCUUCCUCUGCAUCAGGGCCCACCUCAAAACCAGCUGAUUCAGAGUUGGUCUGUACAGAACCGGAUGGAGAUGGCAUGCCAGGUCUCCAAAAUGAGACACAGAAAAAAACACACACAUCAAAUACAUCUAAGACUGGAGAGAUGUGUGGAGCUGUUGCUGGGAAAUCCUCUUCUGCUAAAAAACAACCUGUACGUGCUAGCCCCAGUCAUGAUCAUGGCAAAAGACUUUCAUCAAGUCAGUCCUCACAAAAACCUCUUCAGCCCAGAAAUCAGAGAAUCUGAUAGGGUCAUGGAGAUUGCCAUGCAUGUAGAAAAAUUAAUUUCUGUUGCUGUCAUGCAAGCAUUGUUAUAAUUAUUAAUUUAUUGAAGUGCAUUUUAUGUUGGUAAUUUAGCCCACUGUGGAAAAAACUUGCAAUGGUUUGUUGAAAAUCAAAACUGAACAUUUUUUUAACUGAUGAGAAUUUUCAGUUUUUCGUUUCAGCAGUCAUAAUUCUGAUGUGUGGUGUUUUCAUUGUGUUUACAUUAUGAUUAUUUGCCUGCAGUGAUAACAGACAAAUGCUUACAAAAGCUGGAAGCUGCAGAAGUGUGGUUGAUUGUUCUAAAAUAGCUUCUCUAAAGCUACGUGAAAGCUAAAGCAUGAAAGAUCUUAGGUUGUCUUGUUUUUUGGUUUUUUUUUUGAAUAGUGUGUUUAAUGUUGCGACCCUAUGCUCCUUGAGGAGUAGCAGGGAAUAAACUAAACUAGCUGUGUUUAAAAUGGAAAAUCUUUCCAUGUCAGUGCACUACAUCAAAGGGGCGAUUCAGUGUUUGUAGGUAGAAGUAUGUGGAAAGACUACCUGCCAGGGGCCAAUGCUGUGAACAGUUGUGAGCUAUGGGAACAUUCAAAGAGUACUGAAUGCAAGAUGAAAACCCAUAGUGGUCAAUCCUUGCUAAUUGGCGGAUACUAUGUCUGCAAAGUUAUUGUUUUUGUUCCUAACCUUUCAGGAACUAUAUUUGGGUCACCGAUUCCUUGUUAGGAUCUCCAGUAAAUCUUGUUUAAUUCUUCCCCUCUUAGCAUGUCUUGUGUUUGCUCCUAUUUCUGUUCUGAAAAAAAUAAAGUGGAACUUUUUCUACUGCCCUUGAGUCUAAGAUUUUAUAGGUGCAGGUCUUCAGGGGAAGAUUGAUUUCUCAAAAUGUUUUUUAUUUAUGCUUAGAGUUGCUUGUUUCUGUGCCCAGUCAACUCAUCCUGCACAGACAAGCAAACAAGCAGCAAAGCCCUAAAAAUCAGCCCAUUUAACCAUUUGCUCACCCUCCAUAUCUCAUCCUUCUGACAUAUCUCUGCCUCAUGACCAUUCAUCACCUACACAUUUAUUCAUACUUAACCUGCAGCCUACAUCAGUGCAUUCAGCAAAAAAACACUUUCAGGAUUAUUCAUGGCUUUUAUGUACUUACAAACUGUCACCGAAACUAGUUUUUAGCAGUUGGUUAUUUGGUGUUACAGUACUGCAAAGUUGAAAAGGUCUGAUGCAAAUGUGAAAACAUUUUCCAGACAAUAAAAAGUAACAGUAAAAAGAAGUUUGUUAGAGCUUGCCUUCAGCUUUCUGUUAGUUUUGCUUGGCUGCUAAAAAAUUUAUAAGAAUAUCAGAAAGUAACCUAGAUACUUUGUUUUUAUUUUUGUGUUGGUAUAUUGCUAUCAUUUGACUUGUGGCUUAUUUACUCUCAAGGAAUUGGUAAAAUGUUGGGAGAAAAUCUCGUGAGCAAAUAGAAAACAUUUCAUUUUGAAAUAUUCAUUAUUGUAGUUCUGUUAUGUACAAGGUGAAUGAAAACUUAACAGGAAAAAUAGUUUCUCCUUUUUUUUAUGUGCAAAGUGAUAAUAAAGUGCAAAACAAGGCAUCAUUCAUAUAAUCAUUCCAUGACUGAUACCAGUUGACCACCAGUUGAGCUGGUAAACUGGUAUUAUAAGGGUUUCCAUGUUCGAUGUAGCAGCUGACAAAGCUUAUCACUUAGGCCACAUUAGGAGCAUGAAAGAGAUUCCUUAUUAAUGGUCACUUUAACUUGGUUUCAUUCUGUAGAAGAGUGCAAACCCAACUAUCACUGUCAACGAGAGGAAACUCUUCUUGUUUUAUUUGUACUUCCAAACUUAGUAGUGACAACACAGACUGUUUGAAAUAGAUCACAGUCAUGGUAAUGUUUAUCUGUUGACUUUCAAUCACUGUUACCAAUACAGUGAGGAUUGGUGGUCCUGGGUUCAGAUCUUGUCUCGAGCACAUUGCUCUUCCUGUGAUUGUAGCGCUUGUUUACAGGGCCAGCUGCUUUGUUGUAAUAUACCUUUACUUCUGAUUCAUGUCUGAUGAAAGACCAACUAUCCCACCUCGAUCAUCACUUGCACAUGCUUACAGAGGCUGUCAUUUUUGUGAACUUAAUUUCUUGAACAUGGAGGCAUGUAUUUUGAGGUCCUUGAUGACAACUGAGAGCAGAUAAUGAAAUGACAUUUUAGGCAUACAGUCUUUCUCCAGAUAUAUGGUUCCUUGCAUCGAGUGAAGGAUCACAAACUGCCAUUGUUCCAGAGUGAUUACUUAUGAUGUUUAAAUUACUGAGCUGCUAUUAAAAAUUCUUUAGACAUCAGACAAUUAAAGAAUUACAUGUCAUGAA